AUGGGUGUUCCGAAGUUCUUCCGAUGGCUGAGUGAGCGGUAUCCCGCCAUUUCCAUGCUCAUCAAGGAGAGCCGUAUUCCCGAAUUUGACAGCUUAUACCUGGAUAUGAACGGUAUUAUUCACAACUGUACACACAGCGAUAGUGACUCCCCGACGUUCCGCAUGUCGGAAGAGCAGAUGUUUAUUGCGAUCUUCAACUAUAUCGAGCACCUGUUUGGAAAGAUCAAGCCACAGAAGCUGUUUUUCAUGGCUGUCGAUGGUGUUGCACCACGAGCUAAGAUGAAUCAACAACGUGCACGCCGCUUCCGAACUGCGCUUGACGCUGAAAAUGCGAAGGAGAAGGCAAUCGCCCAGGGCAUGGAGAUGCCGAAAGAAGACCCAUUCGACAGCAACUGCAUCACACCCGGUACCGGGUUCAUGGCAAGACUGACGCAACAAUUGAAAUACUUCAUCAACAAGAAGAUUUCGGAAGAUUCGGAUUGGCAAGGAGUGGAAAUUGUGCUCUCGGGACAUGAGGUUCCCGGAGAAGGCGAGCACAAAAUCAUGGAAUACAUUCGUCAAGCGAAAGCGCAACCGGGUUACCACCCGAACGUGCGACACUGUCUGUAUGGCUUGGAUGCGGAUCUGAUCAUGUUGGGUCUUCUCAGUCAUGACCCCCAUUUCUGUCUUCUCCGAGAGGAGGUAACAUUUGGCCGUCAGACACAGAAAAAGCCCAAGGAGCUUGAACAUCAGAACUUCUAUCUUUUGCAUCUUAGCAUGGUUCGGGAGUAUCUGGAACUGGAAUUCCAAGAGCUAGAGCAAGAAGGAACUCUAAGCUUCCCGUUUGAUAUGGAGCGUGUUAUUGAUGACUUCAUUCUCAUGGCAUUUUUCGUGGGAAAUGAUUUCUUGCCCAAUUUGCCCAAUCUGCAUAUCAACGAGGGUGCCCUGGCGCUCAUGUUCAAGAUCUACAAGGAAGUCUUACCCAAGAUAGGUGGCUACAUCAACGAAGCGGGUACUAUCAGUCUGGAGCGCCUCGGAAAACUUAUUGAUGCGAUGAGUGUUUUCGAGCAUCGGUUCUUUGAGGCCGAAAACUCCGAUGCCCAAUGGGUCAAAUCGAAGAAGAAUGACGGUUCGCUCGAACUGGAGAAGGGCCCGAAAGAACUGACGAUCACGUCUUCGCAAAAGGAUCUUCUAAAGAAGAUAAAACAAUACGUUCUGAACCGGUCUGGAAAGGGAUCAGAAGCGAAACCUUUGGAUUUCCCUUCCACGCUACCGGCGCGUGAUCGUGGCUUUGUGGAACAGCUUGCAGACCAACUUCGAGUACCUUGGUCUACCACAGAAAAUGAGAACGGUGAUCGGUUCAUGAGACUCCAGCUGCCCGAGCCCGAGCAUGAUGGCAGCGAUGAUGAAGAAAACUUCGAAGACGAGGAGGCCACCCUGGCCACCCAGCGUAUUAUUCGGAAGUAUGAAAAGGCUAAGGUCCAGGACAUGACCGCCGAGGAAGCACAAGAAGCGGCGAAGAAGAAGUAUGAUGAGAAGUUUUAUGAGUGGAGAGAUAACUAUUAUCGCACUAAAUUCGGAUGGGGACUCGACAAUGAGGAGGAAUUGAAAAAGCUUGCCGAAAACUAUGUGCAAGGUCUUCAAUGGGUCCUAUUCUACUACUAUCGGGGUAUCGCAUCGUGGUCCUGGUUCUUCCGGUAUCACUAUGCCCCCAUGAUUUCUGACGUGACAAAAGGACUGGGUGUGGACAUGAAUUUCCGACUCGGCCAGCCCUUCCGGCCUUUCGAGCAGCUUAUGGGUGUCCUGCCGGACCGCAGUAAGAAGAUCGUUCCUACUGCAUACUGGGACCUGAUGACCUCGCCGGAAUCUCCCAUCAUUGACUUCUACCCUCGUGAUUUCGAUCUGGACAUGAACGGGAAAAAGAUGGAGUGGGAAGCCGUGGUCAAGAUUCCUUUCAUUGACGAAAAACGCCUCCUGGACGCCAUGAAAACCCGACAACAGCUCCUGACCCCUGAUGAGAAGGCUCGUAACGGGUUUGGAGCCAGCUUGAAAUUCACCUUCUCCCCCGAUGUGAACUUCGUCUACCCUUCUUCCAUGCCUGGUGUAUUCCCUGAUCUUCCCAACUGCCGCUGUAUUGAGAAUACCUUUGAACUGCCUACUAUGGACGGAUUGGUCCCAUACCAUGGACUGAUGGAUGGCGUGCAAUUGGGUGAUGCUGCCCUGGCCGGCUUCCCAAGUCUGAAGACUCUGCCUCGUGUCGGUCAAUUGGGCUUCCAUGGAGUCUGUGUAUUCCAGCAGGAAAGUCGCAACGAAAGUCAGGUCAUCACCCUUCUGGACCCAUCUAGUCGUGCCGGCAUUGAAUUGGCCAAGACAAAGCUUGGACAGCGAGUCCAUGUCGGAUACCCAUAUUUGCAAGAAGCCCUAGUUGUCCGUGUCUCAGACGAGCUGUUUGACUACAUUCUCCCACCGGGCGAGCAGCAUCCUGUACAGAUCCCGCACACCCCUCAGCAAAUUGAGCAAUGGAAGAAGAAGGCAGACAAGAUCGAAAGCAACUACAGCAAGCGGCUGGGCAUCAUUAUUGGAGGUGUCGAGUCUUUGGUCCAUAUUCAACUGUUGAAAGGUAUGAUCAAGACUGAUGACGGUGCCGUUAUUAAGGAGUUCGCGGACAUUCCCGGACAAGAAACCGAUUAUGCUCUUCAGGUGGUGGUUGACGACGUCGUCAACCCUGAUGUGCGUUUUAUUGAGCGCGAGGCUCUUCCAAUCGAAGAAGAGUUCCCUGUAAACUCUCGUUGCUUUUUCUUGGGCGACUUCAACUAUGGACGACCUGUCCAUGUGACUGGCCACUCUGAUGGAAAGGUGGAUGGGUUGGUCGCAGCAGUGAAAGGCCGAGAGCCAGAGUUUGGAAGGAAGCAUGUUGCAGAGGCUGAGCGAUCCUGCCCCUACAUGCCUUCGUAUGCUAUUGCACGAAAUCUGCGCCUCAACCCGCUGGUGCUAGCCAAGAUCACGUCCUCUUUCUCUGUUGACGUAGAGGGUCAGCGUGUCAACCUGGGCCUGAACCUCAAGUUCGAGGCUCGCAAGCAGAAAGUUCUUGGUUAUUCUCGUCGUGGUCAAUCUGGUUGGGAAUUCAGCCAGAAGGCGGUCAAUCUGCUCCAGCAGUACAUGAUUACCUUCCCUGAGUUCAUCGCUGGUAUUCAGCGCAACCCUCAGAAUGACCGUUAUUCACCUACCGAUUUCUACCCGGCGGAGAUUGCUCUUACGAAGAUCAAGGAGAUCCGCGAUUGGCUAAAGGCUGUUGAGGCCAAGGACUUUGCAAGAGUUCCUCUUGAAGCUGAGCAAUUAGACUCUGAUAUCGUCUUUCUCAUUCAAAAAGACGCCGAUGAGUUGACUCAGUCUCUUCCUGAGAUGCAGCCAAAGAAGGUUCGCGGUGUCCCUCGAGGUGCCCUGCUUCGGCCCGAGGAUGUCGAGCAUCGUCUUGGAAGCCAGACAUUCAAGCUCGGUGAUCGGGUCGUGUACGCUCAGAACUCCGGAAAGGUUCCAAUUGCCACUCGGGGUACCGUGGUGGGUCUGACCAGGACACCACUGACGAUUUUGCUUGAUGUGGUCUUUGACGUCUCUUUCAUGAGCGGCACAGAUCUCGGUAAGCGCUGCUCACCUUUCCGUGGCCAGACAGUUCCUGCGUCUUCGGUCCUGAAUUUGUCCUACCGGCAAUUGGUCACUAGCUCCCGUGCUGCAACAAGCCAGCAACCCCAGCAGGACCCCAUCCCUCUGACGGUUCCGGGAUAUGGUGCGCCCCUGGGACUGAAGAGUGCACCCACUCCUCCACCCUUGAGAGGUUCCUUCCAGGGCGCUGUCUCUGGAAACAAUGCCUCCCGUGGACGUGGUGGUCUCGGCAAUGGCCAGCCCACUACGCUGCCAUUCCGACCUCACAUCAAUGGGGGCCCCCCGCGUGGCCCGCGUGGUCGAGGCGCUCCUACUAAUGGCAACCGCGGAGGAAGAGGCGGUAGAGGCGGGUAUACUUCCGUUGACAACAGCGAUCCUGGCGAGGGUGUUAUUCAAAACAAUCCCAAUUUCCGACCUCAAAGCUACAACCAAGUUCCGCCGCCCCAGGGGGUGGAUCAACGGCGCGGCCGAGGACGCGGCCGUGGCAAUGGAUCCCGUGGCAAUGGAGCCCGUGGCCGGGGCCGUGGUGGUGCUGCUGCUGUGAAUGAAUAA